AUGCCUCGACUCCUCGGCCGAGGGGGGCUACUCCUUGGCGUGGUGCUGCUGACGGCGCUGCUGACCGCCGGGCGCGGGCUCCCACUGAGGAAGCCGCGAAGCCCCAGACCCCGGCCCAGGAGCCCCGCGAGGCUGGCGGAGGUCUCAGCCUCCCUAGAUUCCAGGCCUCUCAAGGAAGAGGAAGAGACCCCACUCCUCCCUCGAGCCCACGUCCAGGCAGUGUCUCGCCGACACAGGCGCCAGACCCUUGCUGAGUCAGGCUCCCUAACCCCAGACGAGGCUGCCCCUCCUGGGACCCUGGAGGACACCCCCUUGCUGCUGGAGCUGCAGAAGCUGCUGGGAUUGGCCAGUACAGACUUGAGCACCCCAAACCCUAACAUCCAGGUGACCAUUGAGGUGGUGGAGGACCCCCAAGCCGAGGUGGAGAUGGACCUGUUGGCAGAGCCUAGCAACCGCUGGCCCCAGGGCACCCCUAGCUGGCUGCCCACCAAGGAGCUCUUCUGGCCCCUCUUCUGGGGCUACCUGGAGGGCGAGGAGGGGGGGACCCGUCUCAAGGACAGAGCUGCAGAGGAGGAGGAAGAAGAGAAGGAGGAGGAUUACCAUGCAGAGUACAGCGAGGGCGAGGACCAGGAGGGCACCGAUGAGGAAGAUGACGAUGAGGAUGAGGAGGAGCCUGGGUUCAGUGGGGCUGCAGGCGGCUGGGACCAGGGCUGGCUGGCCCUGGGGGACUGGGCCUUCAAGGAGACCAACAGCUAUGACUAUGAGCCUCAAGAGGAGUGGAGCCCCUGGUCCCCCUGCAGUGGGAGCUGCAGCAGUGGCAGCCAGCGGAGGACUCGGCCCUGUGGCUACACCUGCACUGCCACCGAGUCCCGGGCCUGCGACCUGCCCCCCUGUCCUGGCGCCAAGGACACAUUGAGCAUCCCCAGUGAGGGGUGGCAGCCCCUGGUCCACAACGCUACAGAUGUGCUUAGCCCAGAUGUGGACAGCUGUGAGAAGUGGCUGAACUGCAAGAGUGACUUCCUAGCCAAGUACCUGAGCCAGGUGCUGCGGGAUCUGCCCAGCUGCCCGUGUGCGUACCCGCUGGAGGCCGUGUACAGCGCUGUGAGCCUGCAGGAUGAGCACCAGGGCCGCAGCUUCCGGUGGAGGGACGCCAGUGGGCCACGUGAGCGCCUGGACGUGUACCAGCCCAUGGCACGCUUCUGCCUGCGCUCCCUGCUGUCUGGGGAGAGCAGUACCCUGGCCGCCCAGCAUUGCUGCUAUGACGAGGGCAGCCGGCUGCUGACCCGUGGCAAGGGCGCCGGCACACCUGACCUUGUCAGCACCGACUUCUCCCCUGAGCUGCACUUCAAGGUGGACACGCUGCCCUGGAUCCUGUGUAAGGGGGACUGGAGCCGCUACCACGCUGUGCGGCCCCCCAACAAUGGGCGGGCCUGCGCCGACAACCCCCCUGAGGAGGAGUACCUGGCUCAGUUGCAGGAGGCCAAGGAGUACUAA